CGCGGGGUUCCAGCACCAAUGACAUGUCACUCCUACCAUGAAAACCCAAAAAAACCCUACAGAAAAGAAAAAGAAAAAAAGAAAAGAAAAGAAAAAAAAGUAGCGUAUUCCAUUCUAUUCUAUUCCAUUCGAAACUCGCACUGGCUUCGCUCCCCCUCUUUUCUCUCCCUGCUGCCUUCCUCUGCCCACUACGAUAUCAAACGAGAAAAUCUAUAAUACGAUAUUCGAUUUGUGUUUGAUAUGAGUGAAAUCAAACUAAGAUAUUAAUGUUGCAACUGCCAAGAUAAUUCUCCAGCAAUGUUUGAAGGAUUGGUUCAUCAGUUGCUUCUGGGUUACCUGGGACGAUAUUUCAAAGAUAUCCAGAAAGAGCAACUGAAGAUUAGGCUCGAGGAAGUACUACUGGAGAAUGUAGAGCUGAUACUUGAUGCAUUUGAUUAUCUCCAGCUUCCCUUUGCACUAAAACAAGGUCGAGUUGGAAAGUUAAGCAUAAAAAUUCCAUGGAAAAAGCCUUGGGACCCCAUUAUAAUAAUUUUAGAGGAUGUCUUUAUUUCUGCAUCACAGCGAGGUGAUCAAGAGUGGAGUGCUGAUGCUGUUGAAAAAAGAGAAUUUGCUGGAAAAAAGGCGAAGCUAGCAGCAGCAGAGUUGGGAAAAUUGUCCAGACGUGUGUGCGGUAGUCAAGCUGGACAAUCGUUCAUUUCUCAUGUCACUACAAAGAUCCUUGACAGCAUUCAAGUAGACAUAAGGAAUUUUCACGUAUUAUACAGUGAUAUGCAGAAUGAUAUGGGGCAUGUUAUGUUUGGUUUAAAGUUUACUAGCUUGACCAUGAAGCAAAAUCUUAUUGGGUCUGUAAAUGGAAGGAUGAGAGUGGGCCAAGAACAUAAGAUUGUAGAAGUCAAGGGGCUGGAGUUUUAUUCCAGAUUGUUUCAUGGCUCCUUGGACUUGGUAACUAUGAACAGUACGGGUGACUCCUACUCAGCAAGCAAUAUUAGGUUGGAAGGAAAACAUUACUAUUCUAUAUUGGCACCAUGUGAUGCAACCUUAAUUCUUUCGGACAACAGAUUGCAAAAGCUUGAUGGUAAUACUCCUCAGUAUUCUGUCACUGCCGAAUUGAGUGGCUUGGUUAUAUCCUUAGACGAGGUUCAGUUACAGCACAUGUGUCUUGUGUGGGAUUAUAUUUGCACUUGUAGAUUAAGAGAAAAGUAUGGACGCUUUCGCCCUUGGCAUUGUCUUUUACCAAGAAAAUGUGCAGGCUGGCAAAUAUUUUGGUGGCACUAUGCGCAGCAAUCAGUUCUUUAUGAUGUUCGUAGGAAAUUGAAGAAAACAUCAUGGAGAUACUUUGGUGAUCGAUUAAGUUUUCGACGGAAAUAUAUGAACUUGUACAAGAUUAAGUUGGAUUUUCUCCAACAAGAACAGCUAGUUGAUGAUGACGUUCUUCAAGAUUUGGAGCAAAUGGAAAAGGAAUCAGAUUUAGAUGACAUACUGAAUUAUCGAUCUGCUGCAGAAUCUGAGAUGCAGGAAUUUCUCUCAAGGUGUUCAACUCCUAACAAUGGCAAGAUUAGCACUGAUAUUCCCACAGAGAAGUCUUGCAAUGAUGAACACACUGUUAAAUCUCAGGGAUGGUUAAACUGGCUUUCUCGUGGUAUGCUUGGGGCCGGAGGAACUGAUGAUUCAAGUCAAUUUUCUGGAGUUGUGUCAUUUGAUGUUAAGGAUAUGUCUGAAGCAACUGAAUUUCAUCCUCUUGUAUCGUCCAGUUUUGAUUCUGCUGCAAAGCAUGAAUUAUGCAUUUUUUCAAUGAUGUUUGAGAUUGAUCAGAUUUCUGCUACGUUUUGUAGCAAGCGGCAUGGUAAAGGAAUUGCAGAAAUAAUUGUUGAAGGUGGAACUGUCAAGUCUAAGAUCUACAAAGAUCGUGGAAUUGUUAUAUCCAAAUUCAAAUCUGUCAAAAUGGUUGAUCUAAGCAACAAGAAAGUCGUUGUACAUAUUGCAGGGCCUGUUGCUGAAAACCAUUUACUGGACAAUUUGGAUGAUUGCUGCAGCUUUCGAGUAAAAUUUUCAUCCCAUACAGAUAUGGACAUGUCAGUGAAGGGAAUACUCGAACAACUGGAAGUUACAGUUGAUGCAAACAUUUUAUCAAACUUGUUGGAGUUUUAUGACGUCUUUACGUCCAUCAAAUUUCAUAAUGAAAGGGUGUUAUUGUCACUGAAUGGGAUUGAAAAUGACCAUACUCGACUCUUGUCCAAAGCAGAAUAUAUUUCUGUAAACAAUAAAAAAGUUGUGUGGGAUGUUACUAUUCUUGAUGUUUCUGUUAAUUUUCCUUGGAGAAAUACAGCAUCAGAGUAUAGCAACUUGGUAAUGAAGUCAAAAUCUAUAUGUUUUAAGUCCACAAAUGGCCUUGUGUCUUGUUCUUCAAAAGUUGAGGAGCAACCCUAUUCUGUGAAGAACUUUUUAACUUCAUUAUCUACAUCUGGGAUUUGUAUGGGCAUCCAACUUCAAGAUCUAUAUCAAUUUUUUGAUGUUACAUUCGAUGAUUUUAUGAUCACCAUGAUAAACUCUGACGAGUCAAAAAGAAUUUCUAUUAUUGAGAAAUUUAAUGUUUCGUUCUUCCUGGCAUUUUGCAUGAUCCCAGAAGAGACCAUUUUGAAGCAAUUAGAGGUUUAUGUAUCUAUUGAAUCUGUUAAAGCACACUUCUCUCCUUCAAUAUAUGGUUCUUUCAUGGAAUUGAUGAACCAUAUGAGCACAUUACAUUUAAUGGGUGAAUUUGGAGUCUUAAACUCCUCGCAUCCUCCCAAUACUGUGUUAGUUGAGCCAACAGAUUCUACUUUUGGCAUAUCUAUUGUUUCAAAAGUUGAUUUGGUUGAUCUGGAAGUUGACCUUGAAUAUGAUGGAGAUAGCCACUCAGAGAUCAUGGUUUCCUUACAGAAAAUGGUCUUACGGUAUGUUUCUACAGAAUUUGAAGAGUUUUUGGUCAGUACGAAAUCUUUAGUUAUUCGUGCUAACAAAAUGAAAGAAGACAGCCAUGUGCUUUUAUCUGGGAAUAUAUCAUCUCCUGGUUCUACAAUUGGAGAAGACCGUGUUCCUGAACCAAAUAUUGAAUUCAAUCAACACUCAGAUAUGGCGUUGCUUGCGGAUUCAUGUUUUAUUGUGCAUUAUGAAUCUUCCAAAACUGAUGUGGUUUGUCAUAGGACUUUUAUGUACUUAAGUAAUACUGAUAUCCACUGCUAUCCUCAUAUUACUGGACUGCUCAUUGGAUUCUUUCAUAGGUUGUCUUCCUAUGGUAGCAGUUUUGAGAAAUCCCUUGCCAGUAAUACUGUUGACUUUGCAAAAAUUUUCUCAGGUUUUGGCUUACGGAAGUUUGGCUUCUCAAAUUAUUUUGAUUUUGGUUCUACUGAUUCUUCUUGCAUUCCAAUGGAUUCCUUUCCUUUUGUAACAAUUCACAAUUCUGGUUCUCUUGGUAAUCUAGAGAGCACGCUUAUACAUCCCAUUGGUGACUGGAAAAAUUAUUUUAUCGUGAGGGACAGAAAAAUAAAAAACUCCAACAUAAACAUGGGGAUAGGGUCCGAAUUUUUCCAAGUCUCUCCCUCUAAAUCCAAAUCUGAUUUUGUAUAUUCUGAUGAAUCAGGGAUUGUGAACGACUUUGAUAUUUUCCAUACUGAAUUACACCUAUGUGGAAUAAGAGCACAUUUUCAUGACUCAUCAUGCAUUAUUGGGACAAUCACGGUGCCUACAUCUAAGUCUUCUCUAUUAUUUUGUGAAGAGAGCAUGGAUAUAUCCUCUUCUUCUGAAGGAUUGAUUCUUACAUCAUCUUGGGGCCCACAAAAGUUUCAAGAUUAUCUUUGGGGUCCCUCUUCACCAAAUUUGUCUCCUAUUUUAAAUAUACGGAUCAGGAGAGGACAGAAUAUUUCUUCAACUUCUGAUUUGGAAAUAACCAUUGGCAUUCAGCAUGUCUACUGCAUGUUACCUUCCGAAUAUCUCUCCAUUAUUAUUGGUUACUUCUCAUUAUCCGAUUGGAAUGGUCCUUCUUGUAAUCAGUGUUCCUCUGGAGCGCACAAGGAUAUAGAUGAUGGAAGUGAAAUCAAAAUUAUGUAUAAGCUUGAAAUCUUGGACUCUAAUAUAAUUUUUCCAGUGGAAAGUAAUGACCAUCAGUUUAUAAAGAUUGAAAUGCCACAGCUUUAUUGUAGUUUCAUUGAGAAUUCUGGUGUUGAUGAUGUAUUAAGGAACAUCCCUCCUGAAUGUUCAGUUCCUAUUGAUAAGCUUGCUAAAAGAAAUGAUUGUUUAAAUGUGUUUGGGCGAGACUUGUUUGUAUCAUUCCUUCUUUACAAGAAUGAUUUUCUUGGAUCAGCAACAAUUGAACGGAAUACAGAAUUUCUAACUAGUCCUUUAAUUGCACCCAUAAAUGCAGAUGUUUGGGUUAGAAUUCCAUUGGAAAACAAAUCUGAUUGCAAAGGCACUUCCUCAAUAUGUUUCAUGACAAGCAUUGGCAGUUGUCAUAUUGUUGCAGAAGAUAGCCACUUUUUUGAUGGAUGUAUGGCCAUAUGGUAUGUUGUUGAGGAGUUUUCCUCAAUUGAUGAUCAAUCCAAAUAUUUUAAAUCAGAUGUUCUGCAAUUCCUUCAUUCAAAGAGAAGCAUGGUGGCCACACAAAAUAUUUCUCCAAUCCCGAUGGCUUCGACUAUAUCAACAGAAGUUAAAUGUUGCACACAAUCUUUAUUUAUAAGCUUCUAUCACAGAAAAGAAGAUUUUGUGGAGUUAAUGGCCAAGGGUGAUUUGGGGUUCGUUUGUUCUGCGUGCAUAUUGAAUGAUUCAUUGACAUGUUUAGAUUUGCUUUUCUCCACCUCUGUGUUUUACUCUGCACAUGGUUCUGUUUUAGGAAAAUGCAACCCAACCUCCUUUUCCCUGUCAGUACUUGGUAUCUCUUUUUCUCAAUCUAUUGAUGGGAAAAAUGAACUUGGCCUUUGUCUUUCAUCUGUUGAUAUUUGGCUUCAUUUGUCUGAGUGGAUUGAGGUUGUUAAAUUCCUUAAUAAUUUUCAUGCAAAUUUGGAAAAAACUCCAGGGCAAGCAAUAACAAACAGUUUGCCUAUGAAUGCUUCUGAAAGCACCUCUGUACCUUUUACUUCAGAAGAGAUUAAGAAUGAUGUCCUAAUAAUUAAGUCAGAAAAUGUGUGUAUUACAUUUCACAUCCCUGUUUUGGUUGGCGAAGAAGUUUGUGUGGAAUUACAGCAUGCUGAAGGUCUUAAUGUGAAACCUUCGAGUGUAUCUUCUGAUAUAGUUGAAGCAAAGGAUGUGAAACUUGUUAGUGUUUCUUUCAACAUGAAUGGUUUUGAAUUAGUCAUAAGAAGUGUAGAUAUCCAACUGAAGUCUAAAGUGGAUAAAAUAAGUAGUGUAUUAAUUAUAGUUGAGGACGGAAAGCAUAUGUCUUGGCCACUUCUAGAUGUAAUUCAGGUUGAUGUGGUUGCUGUACUCUGUAAGAAUCAUCCUAAUGGCAUUAAGCUCAAUGUGGAGAUCAUAUGUGAUAAUGCCAAUAUAUGGAUUUCACAUCCUGCAAUUUAUUCAUGGGGUGCUGUAAAAUUUGAUGUUCUGGAAUCUGGAUCUUCUCAAAAUUCAACUAGCGCCAUUACUUUCAAAUUCUGCAUGAGGAAGGUUUCUAUUCUCAUAACAGAUGGAAGGUGGAGCCAUAAUGGGCCUGAGCUUGAAGUUCUUGUCAGAAACAUCUCGUUUCAUAUAGUUGCGAGUGGAAAACAGAUGGAAUGUUCUGUCAAUGGUGACCUUCAAGUCAACUACAAUAACAUAGAAAAGGUGUCAUGGGAGCCUUUUAUCGAGCCUUGGCAGUUUCUGUUGACAUUAGUCAAGGAACAAGAAAUGAGUGUUCUGCCGAACAGGUCUGUUUCGACAAAUAUUGUUCUCAAAUCUACAACUCAGCUGAACAUUAAUAUCACAGAACCCUUAGUUGAGUGUUUUUCACGUGCUACAGAGAUGUUCUUUGAUGCUCCAGGUCUAAUGGGAUUGGAUGAUCAUAAAGGCAACAAACUUUUGCAUUCACCAUGUGCAGAAUAUAUGUCUGCUAGAAAAUGUGGUGCUCCUUAUGUUUUGCAAAACUUGACUUCUGUGCCUCUUUCUUACCAUGUAUAUCGUGGGCUUGUCAAUCCUGAUGAACUUUGUGGUUCUAAUGAGAGUCAUGCAAAAUAUGUGCAACCAGGUUCUUCAAUUCCGAUAUACAUGGAUGAAAAUAUGGAAAAGAAACUUUCUCGUUUCAGGCCUUCUCAUUCUUCUGAUAGUUUAAGUGAGCAAAGGACAAAUGGAUUUGCCCAUCAUUAUAUUACUGUACAGCUUGAAGGAACUUCAAGGUCAUCUGAUCCAAUUUCAAUGGAUUUAGUGGGACUAACAUGCUUUGAGGUUAAUUUCUCCAAGUCUUAUAAUGAAACUUCCGAGGAUGGUAGUCUAAAUACAGCCCCUACUUUUGUUGUUCCAGUUGUAUUUGACGUUUCAGUGGUGCGCCACAGCAAACUAAUACGAAUAUACUCUACUGUUGUUCUUCUAAAUGCAACCUCAACACCUCUUGAACUGCGGUUUGAUAUUCCCUUUGGUGUAUCACCAACGCUAUUAGGUCCAAUAGAACCUGGGCAACAGUUUCCACUUCCACUUCAUUUGGCUGAAGCUGGCUGUGUAAGGUGGCGACCAUUGGGCAACUCUUAUUUGUGGAGUGAAGCUCAUAAUCUCUCCAAUCUACUUUCAGUUAACAGCAAAGUUGGAAAUUUUAAAUCUUUCAUGUGCUAUCCAUCUCAUCCAAGUAGUCUACCAUUUCGGUGUUGUCUAUCUUUUAAGAAUAUUAGCUUGACUUCAUCUGGAUGGCUGAAAAAUAAGGUCCCUGUAGAUGAUGUAAAGAAGCACUAUAUUCAUCACUUGAUCUUAAGUGCUCCACUAAUAAUUAACAAUUACCUCCCUAAGGAAAUUUUGUUGAUCAGUGAGAGUGGUGGUGUAGACUAUACUGUGAGAGUUUCAGAGGUGGGAACUUUUGUAUACCAUAUUGAUCCCUCACAUGACCUAGGACUGGAGAUCUGCAUUGAUGGAUUUAAAUGUUCUAAUUUUAAAUUUCCUCGUUUAGAAACUUUCUGCACAAUGGCAAAGUUCAGUGAAACCAAGUUUUCAUUUUCUGAAACCCUUAAAUUGGAACCAAAUAAUUCUAAUGGUCCAGUAUAUGUUACUGUAGAGAAAGUGAUGGAUGCAUAUUCUGGUAGUAGGGAACUCAUCUUUUUCGUUCCCUUUAUUUUAUAUAACUGUAUGGGUUUUCCCCUGUGUGUGAUGGAACACACUGGUGAAAUGAAUGAAAGGGGAUUUGUCAUACCUUCUUAUUGUGACAUGGGUGAAAAUGUAAUGUUAUCUUAUAAAAAGGGUGGUCUUUCCUUGCUUUCAUCCAACUAUGAAUUACCUGUGGAACAUAAUCCAAGGAGUGAUAUGAAGAAUCAUAUUAUUUCUUGUAGAGAGGAUGGUAGUACAAAUUCUAUUGGCAAUUACCAUAAGAAUUUGGGGAGGCACCAGAGGAAAGUUGAUUCUAUAUUUCGAAAUCCUUCUUCAGGAAGAUUGAAGAGUACUCUGAGCUCAAGUAUCCAGUCCACUUGGAAGGAUUCAGGUUCUGGUAAUCAUGAGCAUGAAAAGGUUCAGCCCUGCAUUUAUUCUCCAAGCCCCGAUUCAUCUGUAAAUGAUGCUUUUGUUAAAGUCAGUAGAUGUUUUCCUGAAGAUAUUAAGCAACGGAUGCCAUAUUCAUUGUGGUCAAAUCCAUUUUCUUUGCUGCCACCAAGUGGUUCAAGCACUAUUCUUGUUCCUCAGUUGACUUCGAAUUCUGCAUUCAUUCUAGCUAUGACAUCUAACUCGGUUGCUGAACAAUAUGCUGGGAGGACAAAUGCAAUCACUUUCCAGCCUAGAUAUGUAAUCAGCAAUGCAUGUAGCAAGGAAAUAUCUUACAAGCAGAAAGGCACUGAUGUUAUGUUUUAUUUAGGGAUAGGAAAACAUGAUCAUCUUCACUGGACAGAUACAACCAGGGAGCUGCUUGUUUCAAUUUGUUAUAAUGAAUCUGGAUGGCAGUGGUCUGGAAGCUUUUUGCCAGAUCAUCUGGGUGAUACACAACUGAAAAUGAGGAACUUUGUUUUUGGGACAUCAAACAUGAUACGGGUUGAAGUGCAGAAUGCUGACAUAUCCAUGGGAGAUGAAAAAAUAGUUGGAAAUAUCAAGGGAAACUCAGGAACCAAUUUGAUUCUUUUGUCAGAUGAUGACACUGGGUAUAUGCCAUACAGAAUUGAUAAUUUUUCAAAAGAGAGAUUGCGAAUAUAUCAGCAGAGGUGUGAAAUGUUUGACACAGUCAUUCACUCCUAUACUUCUUACCUGUACACCUGGGAUGAACCCUGCUAUCCUCGUCGACUUAUUGUGGAGGUACCUGGAGAGCGAGUUUUGGGAUCAUAUGACCUUGAUGAAGUUAAAGAAUAUAUGCCUGUCUGCCUACCUUCAACCUCUGAGAAGCCCGAGAGGACUUUCUAUUUAUCAGUACAUGCAGAGGGAGCAACAAAGGUCCUUAGUGUUCUUGAUUCAAAUUACCAUAUCUUUAAUGACACGAAGAAGUCAAGUGUUGGGCAUGCUACAGGGAAAAGGUUGUAUGAUCACAAUGUAGUAAGGGCUUCAGAAUACAUGGAGAAAAUAUCAAUUUUUAUUCCAUAUAUUGGGAUUUCAUUGAUUGAUUCAUACCCACAGGAAUUGCUUUUUGCCUGUAUUAAGGAUGUUCAAAUGAAUCUACUGCAAAGUUUGGAUAGGCAAUGUCUUUCCUUGCUAAUAUCAUCCUUACAAAUUGACAACCAAUUGCGCUUUACUCCAUAUCCAGUAUUGUUAUCCUUCGAUGGUGGAUAUAGAUCUGGCCAAGUUGAUAAUUUGAAAUCUAGGGAUGAUGGUACAAGAACAAGAAUCGAAAAUUUAAGUCAAAUGAGCAGCUCUUCUGUUCCUGUGUUAUGCCUAGAAAUAUCAAAGUGGAGGAAGAAAGACAUUUCAUUUAUUUCAUAUGAAUACGUAAAAUUGAGGAUUGAAGAUUUCCGUCUUGAGAUUGAACAAGAAGUCAUAUUGAGCUUGUUUGAAUUUUUCACAAAUGUCUGUUCAGUGCUGAAAUAUGGAAUAAUGCCAUCUUCAGAUCACUAUGAUGGGGCAUCAUUAGAGAAUUCAUCCUCAUUUGUUCAAACUAGUGAGAAAUUCAGAUUAAGUGCCGAUCAAUGUCGUCCAACAAUUGCUCCGAUGUUCAGUGGAAAACAUAAAAGGAUUGCAUCUUUGCCUUCCAUUGUUCCAAUUGGAGCCCCAUGGCAGGAAAUCUAUCUGUUGGCCAGAACCCAGAAGAAAAUUUAUAUUGAAGUGCUUGAAGUAGCACCAAUCAAGUUGACUUUAAGUUUUUCUAGUGCCCCAUGGAUGCUUCGAAAUAGGAUCCUGUCACCCAAGGAAUUUCUCAUCCAUAGAGGUCUUAUGGCUCUUGCUGAUGUUGAGGGAGCACAUAUUUAUUUGAAGGAUUUGAUCAUUUCACAUCAUAUGGCUAGUUUGGAAUCCAUUCAGGAGAUUCUGAUUAGGCAUUACAACCGCCAACUACUUCAUGAGACUUACAAGUUGUUUGGUUCGGCUGGUGUCAUUGGUAAUCCCCUGGGCUUUGCACGGAGCAUGGGCCUUGGCAUUAGAGAUUUCUUGUCUGUGCCUGCAAAGAGCAUUGUGAGGAGCCCCACUGGACUUAUCAUGGGCAUGGCUCAAGGCACCACUAGUCUUUUAAGCAACACAGUGUAUGCUAUUAGUGAUGCAGCUUCUCAAUUCAGUAAAGCUGCACGCAAGGGUAUUGUUGCAAUUACGUACGAUGACCAAGCAGUUUCAAGGAUGGAAAAACACCAGACAACUGUAGCUUCUGACAGUAAAGGUGUAAUUAAUGAAGUUUUAGAGGGACUUACUGGUCUUCUCCAGUUUCCUGUAACAGGAGCUGAGAGGCAUGGUCUUCCUGGUGUCCUCUCUGGAGUUGCAUUAGGGAUUACAGGACUUGUGGCUAAACCUGCAGCUAGUAUACUUGAAGUAACGGGAAAAACUGCUCUCAGUAUUAGAAACCGUAGUAAACCCAGCCAAUUAAGACCUCAACAUUAUAGGGUUCGGCUUCGAAGGCCACUGUGCCAUGAAUAUCCACUAAAACCUUAUUCGUGGGAAGAAGCAGUUGGAACAUCCGUCCUUGUGGAAGCUGAUGAUGGUUUGAAGUUUAAAGAUGAGAAAUUAGUGCAUUGCAAAGGCCUUAAAGAAGCUGGUAAAUUUGUUGUCUUAACAGAAAGAUUUGUACUGAUUGUUUUCAGUGCAAGUUUGAUAAACUUAGGCAAGCCUGAAUUUUGUGGCGUCCCUGUUGAUUUGGAGUGGAUAAUUGAAUGGGAGAUUGGAUUGGAGAAUAUAAUACAUGUGGACUGUAGUGAAGAGGUUGUACACAUAGUUGGUAGCAGACCAGAGUCCUUAUUGAGGCAAAAUCAGCAUUCUCCCAAGGGAGGUAGUGGUGGCAGAACAAGAUCCGUACGUUGGAACCAAUAUGCCACUCAUCUUCCAUUUCCUCAGACAAACUUGGAACUGGCAACUAAGGAAGAUGCAGCCAAUUUGUUACAGAUUUUAUUGUCUGCUAUCGAAAAAGAGAAAGGUAAAGCAUGGGACUGUGGGCGUAUUCUGCAUCGUGCUAGAAUGAAAUAGGUUUAAGUUUAGUUAUGUUUGUAUUAUGGAAAUAUAGUUUCUACCACUACAAUGCAAAUCUAGAUUGGCAGGCCUCUAUAAAUUGGAAUCACCAAGCUUUCUGGCUUUGGGGAGGAAAUAAGAUCAGCACUUACAUAUCGCAUUUCAAAGAUGUAUACAUUUCUUUGCGGCUCUUUACGGUAUUAGGUUCAGAGUACCUUACCUACCUACAUGGAUGUGAAGAGAGGUAAAUUUUAAUGUAGAAAAUCAAAGCAUUGAGCAGACAACUUAGUAUGUUUUGUCCGAGUUAUGCAUUUGUAUAGAAAAUAAUUGUGUAUAUUUUGUCCUUGCCAUUUUUUUCGGCGAUGUUAAUAUUACCAACCAUUGCGUAAAUAUUAUUGUUUUGAUU